AUGUCGCAGCCUUCGCAUUCACGGACCGCGGGCACCGACACCUGCCUGUCUCCUAUGAGCAGCCCCUCGGCCGAUUCGCACGCGCCGUCGGACUCGUCCGUGGCGAACUCGGACGGCUCCCUGGGGCUCACGUGGAGCCCUCCGUGGCGGCCAAAGCCUGAGAAGACUCGCCAGGAGACUCCGCACGGUGCUGAACCCAUACUAAAACCGAACGACCCGAGGGUGCUUGCCCACCAACAACGGGUACGCACCACGCGCUUGAUGCUCGACAACUUCCCAAACCGUGGCAUCACCGACUCGAACACGGGUUGGAUCAUGCACAAUGACGCCAACUAUAAACGAGAUGCCCUGUCGGGGUCUACGGAGCAGCCGGCUGCUGCGCGAGGCUCCGAGGCGGCCGCAGAAACUCGUAUUUCGACCAACCGCGGUGGAAAGCCCAAGGGCGAACGGACCUCGGAACCGUCCGGCCGUGGGCGCGGGCGCGGCACCCGCUCGAAGCACUACGGUCUCUCCACCUCCGUCACGAUCUCGUCUAGCAGAGGAAUCGGAAGUCGGGCGCACACGAGGACGGUGCACGUCGGCGACCUCACAAAGAUGCCCCGGGAAGAGGGGGAGAAGUACUUCCGCGACCCGGACCUCGUCUUCGGAGCCCGCACAUCUGUCACUGUAAACGCAUUAGAGAAGAAGGGCGAGGAGACGAGGAUGUGGUACUAG